GGUCUUCAAGGUAUAAAAAGAAAGGAGAGAAAACGGAACAACAAGCUAUAACUAAUCAGAAUUCAAAAAGGCGGGAUAUUUGGAAUGAUGUUGAAACCUGUAUUUCUUUUAACGACAUAAUUUGUGUAUAAUGUCAGGUAUUAACAGGGUUUAAUAUAUAACAUUAUAAGUUUAAGCAUACGUGGACAGUUCAUCAGAUUUUACGUUGUUUUUCAAGAUGGCAAUGGCAGUUGCUGAACAAAGUGAAGAGCUUGAAGAGUGUGAAGAUUUUGGUCCACAGAAACUGAAGAAAUUAGAGGGUAAUGGAAUCAGUGCUAUGGAUAUCAAGAAACUUGAAGAAAAAGGUUUUCAUACUGUUGAGUCUGUUGCAUUUGCUCCAAAGAAAGAAUUGCUUUGUAUAAAAGGGAUUAGUGAAGCAAAAGCAGAUAAAAUAUUGGCUGAAGCUACAAAACUAGUGCCUAUGGGUUUCACAACAGCCACUGAGUUUCAUCAGAAGAGAUCAGAGAUUAUACAGAUCACAACAGGCUCUAAAGAGCUAGAUAAAUUACUUGGAGGUGGAAUAGAAACAGGCUCCAUUACUGAGAUCUUUGGAGAGUUCCGUACAGGCAAAACCCAGAUAUGUCAUACUUUGGCUGUAACAUGUCAGUUGCCCAUUGAUCAUAAUGGUGGUGAGGGCAAGUGUUUGUAUAUUGACACUGAAGGUACCUUUAGACCAGAGAGGUUACUAGCUGUUUCAGAAAGGUAUGGCUUGUCUGGUAGUGAUGUAUUGGAUAAUGUUGCAUAUGCUCGAGCUUAUAAUACAGAUCAUCAGACCCAGUUGUUGAUCCAAGCUGCUGCUAUUAUGUCAGAAUCAAGAUAUGCUUUAUUAGUUGUGGACAGCGCUACAGCACUUUACAGAACUGACUACUCUGGGAGAGGAGAACUGUCUGCUCGACAGAUGCAUCUUGCAAGGUUUCUGCGUAUGUUGUUACGUUUAGCUGAUGAGUAUGGUGUUGCUGUAGUGAUAACAAAUCAGGUGGUGGCACAGGUUGAUGGGGCAGCUAUUUUUUCUUCUGAUCCCAAGAAACCAAUAGGAGGAAAUAUUAUUGCCCAUGCUUCAACAACAAGAUUGUAUCUUCGGAAAGGCAGAGCAGAGACUAGAAUCUGUAAAAUCUAUGACUCUCCUUGUUUACCCGAAGCAGAAGCGAUGUUUGCUAUUAAUGCUGAUGGAAUCGGGGAUGCUCAGGAUUGAAUAGUACAGAUAACAAUUAUCAAGAUUUUUCAGAAGUUCUGUUAACUCUAGAAAUAAGGUGAAGAUUACCUUUUUUUUCUUUUUCUUUAUUAUGUACAGUAUUUCUAUUUUCCUGUCAAAAUCCUCCUCAGAACACUUGUAAUGAUUAAAACUUUAUGUAAAAUAACUCAAGUGAUUGAAUGUGUCAUGUGUAGCUGUAUUUACAGAUUAUCAUUUAUUGUAUGUUAUUAUCAGUCUUCAGAGCGAUUUGUGAACAUCUUGGAGAAUUCUGAUAGCCACCUUGAAUGUAUAGAUUGAAGAUGUAUAAAAUAAAAUAUUGAAAUUCU